GCCAGUUUGAUAGCAGAACACAGCAGCUCCUGAACACAGCAGCUCCUCACUCGUUCCAUCAGCUCCUCACUCGUUCCAUCAGCAUGAUGAAGACUCUGAUUUUCUCUCUCCUGGUGCUUAUCGCAGGCGUUCUUUGGGACCAGACUCAAGCCAGUGGUAAUGAUGACCUGAUUGACUGCUGCCUGGCCACAAGUGCUAACAAAAUCCCCUUUCACAACAUAAUGGACUACAGCAUUCAGCAGCAAAUAAAUGGCUGCAAAAUCAAUGCCGUCGUGUUCAUCACCAUGAAGAUGAGAAAGCUUUGCGCAACACCAAAUCUCAAGUGGGUAAAAAAGUACAUCAGGAAACUGAAGAGGUCGAAAAAUAACAGCAAAAACAGACGCCAAGGCAACAGCAACGGCACCGGCACCGGCAACUAGUGAUCUUCAACCUCUGACUCCCCACCACGUGUAUGUGUGUGUGUGACUGAGUUCCUCCCGAAGUGAAAGGCGCUAUG